AUGUCAUCCGUUCUGAGUGGCCACUACGACGUACCAGCUGCUGGUGAGUGCUGGAGCUGUCUAUCGGGGGAGAAAGGUCUGAUCGAGGCGAACCAUUUAGUUUCUUGCCUUGACCAUUGCAUCAACAACGCAUCGUCUGGCCCGAACAAACUGAUGCAAAUGAGCUGCUUGCAGAGCCAGCGUGACUUGGAUUAUGCUGUUACCAUUCAGAACAUAGGUGUACCACGACGUUUUCGACUAUGCAAGCGCUGUUCAAACGUCGAAAAUUCAUUUGAGGAACUAGUUUACCGGGCGCAAGGCAUUGUUGUCGAGUGCAACUUGCUUCCUCUUACUCGCGAAUCUACUGGAAGUCGCUUUAAUCUUCGACAAAGUAUUGUGCUCUCUGGCCUGGACAGCCAGAUAUUCGAGCAAUUUCUCGACUCAUGCGCGGUCGUGUACAACCUGUUCAAGCGUCACCUUCCUCCUAACUCGCUAUUUCCUCUGGCACAGGAGACCAUCCAGAUCAACGACAUUGGAUACCCGGCUAUCAGGUUCACCAACCCGGUGUUCACCAAGCCCGAUGCCGAAGGAGUUACUCCCCAUACGCAAAGCCUGAAGAUUUCAGAUGAGCUGGAUCCAGCCGGUAUACUGAGAAAGUCUCAAGGGACAGCGUUAUACCUUGAUGACAAUGCAAUCCAUACGUUUCGAGUUGAUAAAUCAACGGGGAUAGAAAAUUGCAACGGGUCUCAUCCGGUAGCAUCAGUGUCGGUGACAUUGUAG